GCUGGCUUUCCAUCCACAGCGAGCAAAGCGGCGACCAAAUCAUUGCGCGCCUCCGUAAUUGAUUUAGGAAGACAACCGGGAUCUCCUCGCGUCCUACAGCGCCAAAUUUAUUGGAUUUUUUUCUCUCUCUCGCUUAUAGGUGGCACAUUAGGUGUGACCGGAAAAAUAACCAACCUCGCACCCCGAAACCACACGAACACCGGGACUCGAACUAGUGACCCAAGGAAUGAGUGCGGCUCUCUCAGCCAAGAAGGAGGAAACGCCGCAGCUUGCUUUUUCUUGCGCGUCGUGUUCCAGAGCAUCUACCCCAGGAAGAGGCAAUGAUAAGCGGACCUUCUGGUUGGUUCUCUCAGUCCACCUCGAGCCUGCAUGAAACAAAGUCUGCUCUUCGCCUCACAGCCUGCGCCGCAACGUAAACGCCUGGCGUGCUGUCACCGCCGCGCAUCCCCCCCUUUUCUUAUGCUGUGAGUAAACAGUUCUGCUGCUAUCAGGGUCCAGCCUCUCCCGAUACCACAAUGAGGACCACGGAGGAGACCGAGGGCUUUGACGGCGAGGCCUCCAACACGUCCAUGAUCUCCGGGGCCAGCAGCCCGUACCAGCCCACCACGGAGCCCGUCCUCUCGCGCAACGUUUUGGGGGCGAUGAGGUGCGACAUGGAGUACCUCAUGUCCUACUUCGGGAUUCUGAAGGCGGUGGAAGUGGUCCUGUCACUCAUCAGUUUUAUUUGCAUCGAAACCAUCAUGAUGUGUUCUCCCUGUGGAGGCGUCUACUUAUUUGAGUUUGUCAGCUGCAGUGCCUUCGUGGUGACAGGAGUCCUUCUCCUGAUCUUCUGCCUCAAUCUCCACAUCAAGGUUCCCCAGGUCAACUGGAACAUGACGGACCUGGUCAACACUGCUACCAGCACCUUUUUGUUCUUUGUCUCGUCCCUUCUUCUGGUCUGCAUCAACCACGACACAGGAGCUGAGAAAGCAGCAGCAGUCUUCGGCUUCCUGGUGACAGGUGUGUUCGGCCUAAACACCUUCCUGGCGGUGCGGAGGUGGCGCCGUGGCAAUGGGUGUCAGGGCGCCGCUCAGACCAGCGAGUACAUGCGAGCGCGCACGGCAUCUCGUGGAGAAAUGGAGGCUCGGCCUGAGCUCGCGUGAAAGCUCGUGGAUAAACUACGCACCGGCAGCUGACAGAGACGGACGCAACUCUGGCCCGUUGAGCAUAGUUGGGAUUUGGACCUCUGCGGUUCUGAUGCCUGAUAAAGCAUCAUUUAACAGCCAGAGAUGCCAGAGAUCAUAAAGUUUGAGAUUCCUUCUCAAAUCAAACAGUUUCACAGGAAAAGCUGGACCAGAACUUAAGACGUGAACCACUUCCGUGUCUUGGAAGACACGCAAGUGUCUUUCACUGUGAUUGAAGGCAGUGUGUUAUAAGUGGUGGCAAUAUGUCUGUGGACCAGGGCUCCAUGGACAAGCAGCUCUUUCACCUGCAGUCAUCCCUUUAUUGUUCCGUCCUGCAGCUUUUUGCUUCUUCCUAUGAAAAGACUGGUUGUCAAACAUAAUAUCUGAUGAAGUAUGACUGUUUUUUUUUUUUUUUUGGUUUUCUUUUGGCAGACUUUAUAAUCGCCUUUUAAAAUUGUAACCUGAAAUCGAUAAAACAUUUUACUGCCAGGAGUCACGCAGUGACAGCACAGUGGGGGGUAUUCUCAACUUGAAAACACUGUGAGGUCAGAGUUUAUGAAUGAUUGGAGACAUUUGACUUGAAAACUUCAAUAAUAACCGAAAGAGAAUCUGUUUUAACUUUGUGCUUAGACAACCAAAAAUGUUUUUCUAAUCUUAGAUUUCAAGCUAAGAUUAGCUUGAAAUUGACAUUAGUUUACUUUUUAGCGUGUUGCUAUAAAAGUGCAUCAUAAUUAUCUUUUUCUAAACCCAUGUAUUCACAGCAUCCUCUGGUCCAAAAUAUUUAGUUAUCAUUUUUGUUUUUCUAAAAUUAAAUCUAUCAGUGAAGAUAUUUUGACAUAUCCAGGCCACAAAGUGAAACCAUCCAAGGAGACUGAUGAUCAUCAGGCUCCUUGGGCUGUAAGGUGGAUCUCAGGUACGGACGCAGUUUUUUCCUCCUGAUACUCAGAAAGCAUCUGAAUUCAAUCACAGGUUGCCUCGACCUGAAUGCUGUGUCUCUCCUUGUCGCGUCUGUUGGAAAGUUAAAAGCAUACAGAGCACAAAAUAGAGUUAACAUUCCUUUAAUGUUGUUUUUUUGUUGUUUUUUUUUGUUCUGGCCAGUGUUUCUGUGGUGAUAAUGAAGAUGUGUCUGGAAAAGUAGCAUCAUCUCUGCUUUUGAGGAUGAAGGAACCAUUUUUUUUUUUUUUAAUGAAGACUACGCUUCUGUAAGGUUUAGUUUCCAAAGUGACUCAAUGGCUCCACCUCCUGGUUUGCAUCUGAACUUGCAUCUCCUUUGUACGACUCCAAGACAACUAAAUACAGGCGACCUGAGGGACGCAAAUCUGUGACAUGCUGAUGAUUUGUCCAGCAUCCAAAAGAAGGACAAGGAUGGUGUGUGACUGUUCGAAAUUAGUUUAACGUAAAAGCAGAAAUGGCAUUAUGAAUGUUUGAUGAUAUUUUAAUGGUUUAUUAACAUAAUUAUUUACUAUUGGCUUAGUUUUGUGACUGAAGUACUUGCAUCAAAGACAAUCAUGUUACUAUUUAUGUUUGUAAUCUUCAUUAGUAAAUUUACAUUCUAGUAACGCCACAAGCUCAUUUACAGCGACAAAGUUAAACUAGUGAGUUAUGCUUUUUAGUUAUGACGUGGCCCAUCUAUUUGUUUAUUAAAGACAGACUGAUUACAGCUCAUCCUCUCUUUCAGUGAGAGUAUGUUAUUAAGAAUCUGGAGGACAAAACAAAAAAGAUUUCUGAUUGUUUCUGGAUUCUUUUGCACUUCUUUUUUAUUGUUUUCAUUUGGUGUGGUUCUGGUAAAGGCUCAUGCCUGGGCCAUUCAUGUACAGGUUGGAUAUUUGUGUUGAAAGUGUUGGAAGCAUCCCUUUCCAUUGGUGAUUCAAAUAAAGCGGCAAAUACUGAAAGAGAA